AUGAGCAACAGGUCGCCCACCAAACACCACCGCGUCUCGUACGUUGAGGAGGCCAACGACGAUACAGGCUCCGUCAUUGCCGGCACUGAACGCUAUGCCGUCUCCGAGGCCCCGAGCCCUAGCAAAGAGCGCUCCAACACGAGCAAGUCCCGCAAACACCGGCCCUCGCUCCGCCCUCAAUCGGGCUCGGGCUCUUCUUCACCACACAACGCCUUGACCGACUCUGACUCAACCGUUCACGCAAUCGGCCCCUCCAAGAAGGACAAGGAGGCGAGAUACAGAGCCAAGGAAAAGGAGCGCGCCAAAGAGAAGGACAAAGCAAAGGAGCGGGAACGGGAGCGCAGGAGGGACCUUGAGCGCGAGGCCGAGCGAGCUGCCAGGAAGGCUAGCGUUCGUCCCCCGACUAAGCAUUCGAAGACGGCCCCUGCUCCCAUCCUCCACUCGCAUUCGCAAUCGCAAGAUGCCUACAGGCGACCGACUGGCGGCAAUGACGAUGCUGCCUUCUAUGGCGUGAGCCCGUCAACUUCUCACCGGCCCCGUGCCAUGACAGCCUCUCGCCCCAGCAGCUACUACGGAGCCGGCUCUCGACCGCCCACUUCCAACACUCAGUGGUGGUCUCAACACCCUGGUGGUGUUGCCCCCCCUCCACUCUAUCCCGCGCCUUCUUACGGUUCCAGCCCUGCGCCAUACCCGCCUCCGUCGGCGGCGCCCCAAGUCGACUACUUUGGAGGCAGCGCUAUGGGUGGUCCCCAACACCAACAUCUCGCGCAGCGUUUCCAGCGGCCUUCAUCUGCAAGUGGUCAUCGUCCGAACGUGUCCGCCGGGCAGCCUUUCGACCCAGCUCCAAUGUAUCCAUAUGAGGAGUAUGAGCAGGAGAACGACAUCAGCCUAGUUCGACGGCCUUCGCUGAAGAAGUACAGUGUGGAGGAGGACAGGCGGCGUAUGCCUCCCCCUCCUCGUCCCGUCACUACAGGUCCUAGACGGGCCGCCAUUCGAGGCCCACCUCCCCCGUCCGCACCUCCCGUACAGCCCCGACGAGCCAUCGACUAUGGCGGCUUCGACGACGGAGAUUUUGAUGGCGAGGAUAUUCUGUACCGGGAGAUUGCCCCCUCGCGCUCUUUCAGCUACGGCCAUGGCGAAGGUGCCCAACUGUCGCGAAGCAAGCGACGCGAGAGCGCUGCGAUCGAGGGCGGCAUUCCCUACCGCAUUGAGCCUGCCGCCAGCUCUGGUCGGCGUCAUUCGUACUAUGGCAGCAGUGCCGGCAGUUUCGACUACGAAGACCAGGUUCGCGCAGCAGCAGCCUACCAGGACGACAUCAACGGUGGUGCCACUCUGCCCCUGACGGCCGAGACACUUCGCAAGGCCGGCAAGCGCAACAGCGACAAGAGCAGCCGCUCUACACGCAGUAGCGAGAGCCGGGACGAGAGCGAUAACCGGCAGAGCAACACGACACGUACAACUCGGUCUUCGGCUGGCCAGGGCGACGAUGACUUCACGAUCAAGGUGACGGGCUCGGCGACGCUCAAGGUGGGGGGUGCUGAGAUCCACUGCGAGGAUGGCGGAGAAAUCAACAUCACCCAGCAGGGCGGUGGAGGUUCCCGUGCCGGCGGCGGCGGUAGCGAUCGAGCGAGCACCAUUUACGGCGAAGACCAGCGUCGCGGCCCGGCUCGAGCGACUGCCCAUCCGGGCUCGCGCGUCCAGCCAGGCGCCGUCUUCGAUCUAUGGUCGCAGCCCAUCGUAUGA